AUGCCUUUACAAAAUGCGAGAAUAAACAAACUCAAGAAUAUUUCUAAAAGACUGCUUGAAGACACACAAGAUGAUAAAGAAGAAUUCAAAAAAAGACCGUGUCAUGGUAUCCAGAAUGAACCUGUUCAUUUAGAAAGCGCAAAUACACCAACGACACACCAGACCUCCAAAAAUCAUUGUGAAUCAACUCGCAAUGAAGACGACGUUAACCAGAAUGCAAAUGAAGAUAUUUCUAGCCACAAUCUUGGAUUUAAUAUUGUGCCUUCCCAAGAAAUCACAUCUAAAGAUCACCAGAAAGCUGAACAGGAGGAACCCCUGCAUGUGGAUGAAAACUUGCCUCCAAAUGAACAACUUCAUGUAGAAAGAAGAAAUUCCAGGUCAUCUACCUCCAGUCGUGCAUCUCCACGUGAUUUUUCACCUGCUUCAGACGAUGACCCAAGUUACUUACCAUUAAAACCAUCCACUGCAAACCGUCGACGAUCAGACUCUUCUUCUUCUUCAGACUCAUCAUCGAGCAAUUCUUCGUCUAGUUCCUCUUCCUCGUCAAGUUCUUCGUCUUCGUCGAGUUCUUCUUCUGAAUGUUCUUCGACGAGAAAUCACCAGUGUCCAUCGUUGGCGACAUUGGCUUCUGCCGCUGUAGACAAAAUCUCUACAAUCCAACCUACUACUAUCAGAAAUGACUGCAAUGAAGAUGGGCAAGGUACUGUCACGCAUUCCUUAGAAUCUAAUAAUCUAACAAAGGGUGAUGAGAGGACCCUGUAA